CUUACCAAUAUAUUUGACAGUAACGUGAGGACGAAGGCCUGCUUGCGCGGUAUAUGACUGGGUGAUGGCGCAUACGAUAGUAAACAUUGAUCAAUAGCAUUGUUUCCAUCCGCUCGCGAGAUCAUCCUAUAAUACUCGCCUCAAAGCCCCUCGAAGUCAGACCCCGAACCCGAGCACGAGAUCUCAAUCACGACUACACAUUUCUCGAGUCCACGAUCCAACAAUGACGGCGCCUCCGAGAAUAUCGACAAACAGCCUUCCUCUCCCGACCCGGCUCAUCAACCCAUCCCGUCUGCGCUCAUACCUUUUCCGCCUCCCUCUGUUUACGCGGCUUAUUCUCUUGGCCAUCGUCGCGUUCUGGCUGCUCGAACUGCAGACCGUCUGGAGUGUAAUACAAUGGGGGUCCUUAAUACCGAAAGAGAUUGGGUUAGGGACAAUGUACAGACUGAAUACGUUCGCUCUGAUACACAUGGGGUUUUGGCAUAUGCUGGUAGACACCAUCUGUCUUGUGCCUUUGCUGGAGCGCUUUGAGGCCGAAUGGGGGACGUUGACCACACUGGCGCUCUUCUUGGGCCCUUUGGGCCAGAUACCAGCAGUCUUGUACCUAGUGUUUGACGGCCUCAUUCUGAGGGACAACACCCCCGUGCUUGGAUCAAGUGUAUGGGUAUUCCUGCUUCUUGCGUCUGAAUCGAUCAAGACAUACCGCGCGAAUCCGCAUAUAGAAAUCUCGGGACAGAAGAUUCCGACAUGGAUCACGCCGCUAGCAAUCGUGGUUGUCACUUCGGUCCUGAUACCGAACACAUCCUUCCUUGGACAUCUCAGUGGUUGCAUUACGGGCUAUAUGUGGGGGCUGGGCUACAUCCGCUUUCUUGCACCACCAGAGAAAAUCCUCCGCUGGAUUGAAGGCAAACUCAAUCUCCUCGGCAGAUUGCCUCAUUAUGUUUCUGUGGACCAGAAGACUUACGGACGUUAUGGUGUUCUGCCUUCGAGCUCGACGGCGGGACCGAGUGAGCAUAUGAGUCCGGUUGGAUUGGGCUGGGUGGGAGGAACGGGUGCUGGUGGCCAAAGGCUGGGUCCUUGAACUUGACCUCAAGGGCUUGGAGGUCCUUGGCUAUCACCAUUUGCUGGAUCUAUCAUGGCAUAGCGAGGGGCUGAAUACAUCUUGUAUAUUGUGGAAGGUUGGGUUCGCACGGUUUAGCCGGCGCUAUGCCUUGGAGUAUGUCGACUGUAUCACGAAUCAGUAAUACUAUGAUUGCCAAAAGCGCAGCAAAUCC